GGAAUCAGUUUUCCUGCGCACAGUGGGGUGUUAGAUUACUGGCCUGUCUGAAGACGUUGCUGCAGCUUUCUGUGAUAUGUUUGGAAGAAUAUCAGCAUUUUAUUCUUAGCUACAGCUUCAAGUCUUCAAGCAGCAGAGCGCAUGUGUUUCCACUGCAGGUCAAAGUGUUUCUGUGCUUCUCCAGUAUUGACACAAGUGUUUUGCUCUUGAAAGUUAUUGUCCCGUUUUAAAAGGAAACUCUACAGACGUGUGAACCUGGCAGGGAAAGGGGGUUAUCCGAUCCUCACUGCCAGUUUUUUUUUUUUCCCGAACUUCAGCUCACAUUUUUUUCAGCGUUGACGCGAGUGACAGCGUUUGGUUACUCGGCUCCGUAAGUGCGUGUCAGCCUGAUGCAUAUCUGCGCUGUCAGCCAGGGGAAAGGUGGAUUCUCCACUACAAGCCAACCCCUCUUAUCCUCAUCCUGUCAUGCGUGCAGCAGAGCUGUUCCAUCUCUCCCACAGCAGCUGCUGACAACAACACCCCCGCUCCGCCUCGUCUCUCCGCAGAUGCACUUGUGCGUCCUGGAAAACACGCUGCGUCUGACAGAAUGAAUGGCUACGGGUCCCCCUACCUGUACAUGGGGGCUCCGGUGUCUCAGCCCCGGGCCCCGCUCCAGAGGACCCCCAAGUGCGCGCGGUGCCGGAACCACGGCGUGCUGUCAUGGCUCAAAGGUCACAAGCGCUACUGCCGCUUCAAAGACUGCACCUGCGAGAAAUGCAUUCUCAUCAUCGAGCGGCAGCGCGUGAUGGCCGCGCAGGUGGCGCUCCGGAGGCAGCAGGCAAACGAGAGUCUGGAGAGCCUCAUCCCAGAAUCCCUCAGAGUCCUGCCCGGCAUCGGCAUACCCGGUGCCGGCGAGGGGAACCAAGGAGCCCCGCCGAUGACAGAGGAGCUAGAGCUGAGGUGGAGCAGCACGGAGCCGGUGCAGGCCGGAGCGCAGACAUGCACAGAGCCCACAGAGGAUGGUCCUGAUGAGGUGUCAGGGGGUGAAAACGGAGGGAGCUCCAGUGAGAAGGAGCAGGAGCCGGUCAGCUCCCCAGAGGGCUCCAAACCAAACUCCUGCUACACCCCGGAGCCUCCAGAAACCCCCUGCAACUCCGAGGAGAGCCGCUACAGCCUUCCUAAAGGCGGCAGCGCCGAGAAGGAAGCCAAAACAGAAAGUCCUCAGAAGUAUCCCGUGAGCCCCGGGGAGCAGGGCGUGCUGAUCGAAGGCCUCGCCGGCUCCAUCAACCUGCCCUUCAGCCUUCGAGCCAACCGGCCGCCGCUGGAGGUCCUCAAGAAGAUCUUCCCUGCUCACAAGCCUCCUGUCCUGGAGCUCAUCCUCAGAGGCUGCGGGGGGGAUCUAGUGGGGGCCAUCGAGGUGCUGCUGUCCAGCCGGAGUCCUGACGGGGGCGCGCAACCUCACACUGACCCGCACCCAGAAGCCUUGGUGCUGCCCUCUAACGGACACCUGUUCGAGCACACGCUGGGCUCCUACCACCCGGUGUCUUCCUCCGCCAAGUGGUCUGUGGGCUCUGCUUUCCGGGUGCCCGAGUCCCUCCGGUUCACAUCCGACUCCGCUUCGGGCGUGGUGUCCACCGGCCCGCUGGGUGUCCCCCUGCAGCACCCGUCCUUCCCGCAGCCCACGCGCUAUCCACUCAUGUUGCGCAACUCUCUGACGCGCAGCCAGGCCAGCCCCUUCAUGCACAACGACGUGACUCUGUGGAAUACCAUGGCCCUGCAGCAGCAGUACCAGCUCCGAUCAGCGGCCCAGUACGUGUCACCUUUCUCCCCCGCCGGCCCCGGCGGAACAGUGUUCCGCAGCUCCCCCAUCCUCCCCUCUCGACCCUCCGAGGAGCAGCGCGUCAGUGUCCAGGAGGAGAGCUGCACCCUGGGGCCCAAACCUGGCCUCUACUCCCCGGACGAGGAGUACGAAGAGCGCUCUGAGUCCGCAGACUCCCGCAUCCUGAACUCAUCCACCUAAAGUCAGUGCGGAUGGUGGAGUUCUACAGCAGAGGAGAACCAAAAUGUAUUAUCGUGAAAGGACAUAUUUGUGUGCGUGUGCGUGCGUGUGUGUGUGUGGAGGGGUCAGUGUCUCGUUGGAUUUGAACUGUGAGAAGCAGUCACCCUUUACUAGUGUGAUGUUAACCCUCUAACAUCAGUCCUGGUGCUUUCCAGAUGUCACCGGACUUGACCAAAACGGUUGAAUGUAACAAACUGUGAUCACAGCUAUUAUUUUGAAAACCCAUCAGCUCUUUCCUGUAAGCAUGUUUAAUACUGUGAAAACGUUCGAUGUCAAGGUCACCGCUGCAUGUCAAGAGUAGC